AUGGCCUCACUUGCUAUACUCUUCUGCCACAACUGCUAUCCUCUACCGCCACCCCUUGCAUUCCUCUUCGGCCUUAUCUGCAAUCUUCUUCCGCUUCACCUGCUACCGUCUUCCGCCUCACCUGCUAUAAUCUUCCGCCAUAUUUGCUAUCCUCUUACGCCACAAUUGCUAUCCCUUUCCGCCACCACUUGCAUUCCUCUUCGGCCACACCUGCUAUCCUCUUCCGCCACACGUGAUAUCCCCUUUCGCCACAUCUGCUAUCCCCUUCAGCCACCCCUUGCAUUCUUCUUCGGCCUUACCUGCAAUCCUCUUACGCUUCAUCUGAUAUCAUCUUCCGCCUCACUUGCUACCCUCUUCCGCCUCACCUGCUAUCCUCUUCCGCCUCACCUGCUAUCCUCUUUCACCACAAUUGCUAUCCCCUUCCGCCACCCUUUGCAUUCCUCUUCGGCCUCACCUGCCAUCCUCUUCCGCUACAUCUGCUAUCCUCUUCUGCCACCCCUUGCAUUCCUCUUCGGCCUCACCUGCAAUCCUCCUCCGCCACACCUGCUUUCCUCUUCCGCCACACCUGCUAUCCUUUUCCGCCUCACCUGCUAUUCUCUUCGUCCUCAACUGCUAUCCCCUUCCGCCACCCCUUGCCUUCCUCUUCGGCCUUACCUGCAAUCCUCUUACGCUUCAUCUGCUAUCCUCUUCCGCUUCACCUGCUAUCCUCUUCCGCAACCAUUUCCAGGAUAA